GCGGGCCGGGUUGCACACGCCCGGGGAGCCUGGCUCUUGCUCAUGGGAGGUGGCUCUUCAUACUGUACACUAGGAGAAGCACGCUGCAGCGCCUAGUCCCAGGAGAGCGGUCCCAGAGCUCUGGAUAGAAUAAUCCUUCCAACACUAAUGCUGGCCAGCCCUGCGCCCUGCGAGGGCAAAAGGACAGGAGCCCUAGAAUCUCCUAGGAGGCGCCGAGCACACCUGGUUAGCCCAGUGCCCAGGUCGUCCGUGCGGUGAGGGUGACACUAGGCCUCUUGUAAGGGCCCCACUGGUGUCCCUCGGCACCCCGAGUCUCCUCUGCCAGGCCUGACUCGCUUCAAAUUCACGCGCCCACAGACUUUCCCAAGUACCGAGUGGACACAGGAGUCGUGCGUAGAAGACGCUGCCGGGGUACUCUAGCACAGACCAGUAGACAGGGGACCCCAGACUACAUGGGGGAAGGGCCCCAGGCUGCGCCGAGCUCAGGGAGUGGCCCCGGGACAGGAUCAGGAAGGAGGUGGGGCGCGGGGUGGGACCCAGAGCAGCAGAGUGGGGGAAGGGCCUGGGUCCGGGGAGUGUCCCCGCUACCCCUCGGUUCCUGGCAAGGCCUCCCAGGGGGCAUUCCUAGCCUGUGUGGCGUCAAGAUUAACGAACCCUUCUCCCGGUGGGGCCCCCCCGCAAUGCGUUGCCAGCCCAGCUCAGAGAGCCGGUUGUGGGGCGCACGCUGCGGGCGGACCGCCCCACGCCCUCCGGCUCCCGGGAGCGCAGCCCGCGGCCGCGCGCCCCAGCCUAGCUCCGCGGUGGCGGCCGGCACAGAGAGCUUUGUGACGUCAGGCGGCGUCACGCGGGGCUGACCCGGCGGCGGCGGCGGCGGCGGCGGCGGCGGUGGCGGGCGGGGGCGGCCUCCGGAGGCGGCGGGAGCAUGGAGCCGCGGGCCGGCUGCCGGUUGCCGGUGCGGGUGGAACAGGUCGUCAACGGCGCGCUGGUGGUCACCGUGAGCUGUGGCGAGCGCAGCUUCGCCGGGAUCCUGCUGGAUUGCACGAAAAAGUCUGGCCUCUUUGGCCUGUCUCCAUCUACGCUACUGCCUCUGGCUGACAACUCCUCUGCCAUCAGCUGUCAUGGCCAGGUUCCUGCAGAGGGAACUGAAGAAGUGAUGCAGCUGGAGACAGGACCUCUGCCUCCUUACCACAAAGACCCUGAGAAGGAUCAGACUCCCAAGGCAGCUGUGCCUGAGCCGCCCCCACCUCUUAUACCGCCUGUGCCUGCUGGGAGCCUGCCUCCCUUUCCACCUUACUUUGAGGGUGCCCCCUUCCCCCACCCACUAUGGCUGAGGAACACCUACCAGCAGUGGGUGCCGCAGCCCCCACCCAGGACCAUCAAGCGGACCCGCCGGCGACUUUCCCGAAACCGGGAUCCUGGCAGACUCAUUCUUAGCACAAUCCGUCUGCGGCCACGUCAGGUACUGUGUGAGAAAUGCAAGAGUACUGUGAGUCCUCAGGAGGCCAGUCCUGGCCCCCUGAACACCCCCAAACCCCGCCGGAGGCUAGGCAGUGGCCCUGACAGUGAACACCGAAAGCCAGAGGACCCAGAGAACAGUGCUGUCAUAGCCAUGGCUGCCCCGAGGAGGAGCAAGAGGGAGAAACGGGAAGAAGACAGGGUGGCUGGCGAGCGUGUUCCUAGGAGCCCGGUCAUCAAGAUCUCCUACAGCACACCACAGGGUAAGGGUGAGGUGGUCAAGAUCCCUUCCAGAGUGCAUGGCUCCGUGGAGCCCUUCUGCCCACAACAGUCUCUACAGAAUGGCAGCCAGGACUCAGAGGGAUCAAGAGAUGUGGAGCCCAGGGGUGGUGGAGACCGACCACCCAGUGGGCCUUCAGCCUCCAUCCCCAAGCUGAAGCUGACUCGUCCAGUGCCUCCUGUCUCGGACCUGCCACCUCCCAAGAUCCGCCUGAAGCCGCACCGGCUCGGGGAUGGAGAGCGUGAGCCCCUGUACAGGGCUGAGCUGGUGGAGGAGCUGAACGGAUGCCCACGGGGACCCCUGGCCGGCUCGCCUGCUCUCUUUGCCGAUGGCUCCACCCAUGGGCUAGAGGACUUGUCUUCUGGAAGUUCUGGUGAGGACGAUGACCCCAAGAGGUUUCCCCAAAGUAAACAUGGCCGUGAUGGCUUGGCUUUUCUUGUCGACUGCCCUGGGAGGAGAGCAGACUGUACCAAUGAAUCUGUGUGCAGCACCGACAGCCUGGAUGAAUUAAAAUCAUCUGGUUCCGAAGUGACAUCUCCAGACACAGGAGACCUGUCAUCUGGAGACAGUGCCUCUGUUCCUUCAUCUUCUGCUGACACUCGCCAGACAGUCCCUCCCCUCACAGUCAGGCUGCACACGCAGAGCGUCUCACAGUGUGUGACUGAAGACGGAAGGACGGUGGCUGUAGGGGACAUUGUGUGGGGUAAGAUUCAUGGUUUUCCUUGGUGGCCAGCGCGUGUCCUUGACAUCAGCCUUGGCCAGAAGGAGGAUGGAGAGCCCUCUUGGCAAGAAGCGAAAGUCUCAUGGUUUGGGUCUCCAACUACAUCAUUCUUGUCUAUUUCAAAACUGUCCCCUUUCUCUGAGUUUUUCAAACUGAGAUUUAACCGUAAGAAGAAGGGGAUGUAUCGGAAAGCUAUAACUGAGGCUGCAAAUGCCACACAACACGUGGCCCCAGAAAUAAGGGAGCUCUUGACCCAGUUUGAAAUGUAACUUUGGUUCCGAGAGCAGGUCACCGACAAUGAGGGUGCAGCUGCUGUCCUGGAACUUCUGACUUCUGUCCCAGGGGCCCAUGUGUCUCUGGUUGGCUGUGUGCAGAAACAUGCUGGGCACAGUGGUUGGCCUGACUCCAGAGGGGCAGGUGUGCAUGGGGAGGGACCCAGCUUAGGGUACCUGGCUCCUCUCAGCUGAAUGGAUCAGUCGGGGCUUCAGCGCUCCUAGCCGAGACGUGUCCUGGAGCUUAGUGACUUGUUUGCUGCUUUGUGUGCUAGCGGCUGCAAGGCUUAGGCAUUCUCAAACAGAAACAGGGCCUUCUGCCCAGCCUGUGAAAGGCCUGGUAUAGGUGCUGGGCCUAGCUACAGGGCAUCCUCCCGUGCCUGCCCUCCGUUAUUCAGCACGAGCCGCCCUUCAGGCUUGAGGAAACCAGAUUGCACGUACGGGUUCUCCUCCAGCCCGUAUAGGGUCUCUGUACACUUGAGCCAGGAACCUAGUUGCAUCUCUUCCACAUUCCACUCAAAGCAUGGGUCCCUGGCUCCUGCGGGCUGCCUUGAUCUGAGAUGCUGCUAUGUCACCAGGACUGGGAAGGGGAGAGGGAGGGCAGAAGUGAAAACAGGCCUCAGGUUAGGAGAUACCUGCUCUGCUGUUGUGAGGCCACAUUCCUUUCCCCUCUGUCACUUCCAAGACCAAAAAGAAAACAGAAAGAAAAGAAAACUGUCUCUGCUCCUUUGUUUAAGCAUGAAAAGAAAUAAACAGGAGUGGGUGUUGAUGCUCUUGCCUGAAGAGCUCAAAGCUACACCUGCCUGACCUGUGAGAGAGGCUACAACGCUCUAAUGGGGUGGAGAAGGGCCCU